CGCGCACGCUCUUCUCUUCUAGUUUGAGUGUCAUUCUAGUGCUCUUCGCGGAAUCUAUUUUAGUAUAAAUCGUGUUCGUCGAUUGCUCUAACGACUUCUGCUUUUUUAUCAUGGCCAAAGACAACCUCACAGCUAUCCUCUAUGGUAUCAACGAUAUAAGACUGGAACAAACUCCGAUCGAGGAACCCGACCAAAAUGAGGUACUUUUGCAAAUGGGUUGCGUUGGAAUUUGUGGUUCCGAUGUUCAUUAUUUGGUAAAUGGUAGAAUAGGUGACUUUGUGGUGCGGGAACCUAUGAUAAUAGGUCACGAAUCUUCUGGAGUGGUUGUCAAACUUGGAAAAAAUGUAAAAAAUUUGAAGGUCGGUGAUCGAGUGGCCAUUGAACCCGGGGUAUCCUGUAGAAUGUGCAAAUUUUGUAAAGGAGGACGUUACAAUUUAUGCAAAGAGAUGGUAUUUUGCGCUACUCCUCCGGUACAUGGUAGUUUAAGACGUUUCUACAAGCACGCUGCCGAUUUUUGUUUCAAAUUACCAGACAAUGUGACGUUAGCGGAAGGAGCGCUACUGGAGCCUUUAUCAGUCGGUGUACACGCUUGUAAGCGCGCGCACAUCGGUAUCGGUUCGAAAGUUUUGAUUUUAGGAGCCGGACCGAUCGGUUUAUUAUCGUUAUUGGUAGCGAAAGCUAUGGGAGCUAGUAAAGUCGUUAUUAUGGUUACGGAACGAUCUGCUUUAGAUCUUUCACAAAAUCGGUUAGAUCUUGCAAAGAAACUUGGUGCUGAUGCAAUAUUAUUGACGACAAGGGAGGAUAAUGAGUCAAAAACUGCGGAGAAAAUUGUCCAGCUCUUGGGUGAAGAACCUGACACGACGAUCGACGCGUGUGGGGCACAGUCUAUGAUUCGAUUGGCGAUUCUCGUGACCAAAUCGGGUGGAGUGGCGGUUUUAGUAGGGAUGGGAGCACCGGAGGUUCAAAUUCCGUUGAUGAAUGCACUUGUAAGAGAAGUUGACAUUAGAGGUGUAUUCCGAUAUGCAAACGAUUACGGCGAUGCGCUGGAUCUCUUGACUUCUAAAAAAAUUGACGUGAAACCACUGAUAACUCAUAAUUAUAAGUUAGAGGAAACCGUUCAAGCUUUUGAAACUUCCAAAUCCGGACAAGAUAAUGUCGUUAAGGUUAUGAUACAUUGUAACUAGGAAAGUAAAUGACGAACCAAAGGGAAUUAUUUUUUAACAACCCCAGGUUGCAAUAAAUGUGAAACAUGCGCGCAAGAAAUUGAAAAAUAGAUGAUAUUAUUAAUAUUAAGGCAGUAGUAAGUCUUUUAUACGGAAUUGUUAUCGGUCACAAUAGGAUUAUUGACAAAACGUAAAUGAAAUGUAUGCUUUCUGAAUUUCCGAAGCUAAUGAUAAUUAGUAUUCGCUAAUUGUUCGUAUUUAGUUACGCUCUGUAUAUACAUGUAUGUAGGUACAUUUUUUAAUUAAAUGACAUAUGUACAUAUA